AUGGAUGAUAAAUUUGACAGUAGUUAAACGUCAAAUAAACAAAACAAAAAUAAAAUAUUUUUGUAUAAUUUGUGUACAUAUGUCAGAGUUUUGAUAAAUUAUGUAUUUAUUUCUUUAACAAUUUAAUUGAAUAGAAUAUCGAUUAAAGUAUGAAGUUUAAUAAAUUAAAGGAGCCUGGUGAAAUCGACAUUUAAUAAUUGAAUAUUCAUUUUUAAAGUGUUAAAGUGAACAUGAUAUUCUAAUUUAAUACAGUAAACUAAUUAAAUGACUGUUUUUAGCAAGUUCGGUGUGUUUUUCAGCCCCGACAUGUGGAUUUUUAAAGACGUAGUCCCACCUAUAGGUUUUACCACUUUUGCAGGAGCAAUAGUUGUGUGCGUUUUAAGUUUUUAUAUUUUCAAAAAGUUAAGUGGUGAAGGAAACAUUGCUGUUCAAGAUCACAGUAAAAACCAUAGCUGGAUACCGAUAAAAAUUACUGCUAAGGCAUGGUACUGCUCUAUAUGUGAAUCAUUUUUAAUACAUGGGAUUGGAGUGUAUUGCGAUUGUUGUGGAAUAUGUGCAGAUCCAGAAUGUGUGAAAAAAGCCAACCAAAUGUUAAGAUGUAAAGCCAUCACUAGUAAUAGUGAAUUUCAACUACAUCACUGGGUUAAAGGAAAUCUACCUUUAGGAGCUACUUGUUUUAUAUGUAAGGAAGAUUGUUCAAUGGAGCCAGGUCUAAUAGAUUUUCAGUGUUGCUGGUGUCAAAGAUGUGUUCACACUAAAUGCCAGAAAAAAAUUGAUGAAGGAUGUGAUUUUGGACCUUAUAGAGAAAUGAUUGUACCCCCUUUCUGUGUUCAAGUGGCUCGAAGGAAGGGGGCGUUGAAUAAGCAUCUUUUACUAAGAGGAGUAAAAGAUCCUGGUUGGGAUAAGUGGACACCACUGGUAGUUAUAGCUAAUAAGAAGUCUGGCAACAAUGACGGUGCUUUGGUGUUGUCAGAAUUCAGAAAAUUCUUGAAUCCAGCGCAGGUAAUAGACUUAACGAACAGAAAACCCCCAGCGGCUUUGCAAUGGUGUGUACUUCUCGCACCCAAGGUUAUAAAAGUUUUAGUGGCAGGAGGAGACGGUACAAUUUCUUGGGUUUUAACUUCAUCUCAUAAGUUAGACUUGGAUCCAGAACCGCCUUUGGCUAUAAUUCCUUUGGGUACUGGUAAUGACCUGUCUAGAGUUUUGGGGUGGGGGAAGGAAAACAGCCCGGAACCAGAUGUACCAAAGAUUCUGACAGAUAUUCAGCAAGCUCGAUUAUCGCGUUUAGACAGAUGGAAAGUGGAGGUCAUUUCAACUAGACACUUAGGAUUAAAAAUUCCAAACAAAACCUACUACAUGUACAAUUACAUAAGUAUUGGAGUAGAUGCGCAAGUUGCCUUAAGUUUUCACAAAACGAGGGACAGCAUAUUUUACGUUUAUGGAAGUAGAUUAUUUAAUAAAUUAUUGUAUUUAUGUUUUGGGACACAGCAAGUUGUCACAGCCGAUUGUAAGAAUCUCGAACAAAGGUUAGAUCUGUACUUAGACGGUAACAAAAUUGAAUUACCAGAGUUAGAGUCUAUUGUGAUUCUUAAUAUUCCAUCGUGGGGGGCAGGUGUGAAUUUAUGGAGUAUGGGAGAAGAGUCAUCUAGACAUUCCCAGUCCUACCACGACGGCGUUUUAGAGGUGGUGGGUAUUUAUUCUUCGUUUCAUAUAGCCCAGUUACAAGUAGGAAUGUCGACUCCAAUAAGAUUAGGACAGGCAAAACUAGUUGAGAUAAAACUCAAAGAUAAAGCACCUGUUCAAAUUGACGGAGAACCUUGGGAACAACACCCAGGUACUCUAAAAGUGAAUUUUGUCAAUUCUUGCCCAGUUCUAGUUAACCAAAAUGAUAAUUAGGAUAUUUCGCCCUUUGAUAUUACUUAAAUUAUUUAACUAUACAGGGUUGUUCACCACAUACGACACGGAGUAUUGUAGCUAAACGAUUAGAUUUUUACA